AUGGCAUUUUGGCGUAGUACUUCGCUUUUUUCAUCAUCAACACCAUCGACAACAACAAUAAAUGAUAAUACAAUUAAUCAAGAAACGAUCGAACGUCUCUGUGAUCGUCUACAAUUAGCUACACGUAUUGAAGAUCGACGAGAUGCUUUACGUGAUCUUAAAGGAUAUUCUAAAAAAUGUAAACUUGAAGUUGGAACAAAGAGUAUGAUUUUAUUAGCAGACAUUUUACAAGGCGAUCGAACUGACUUGGAUCUUAUUCAAUUAGCAUUAGAAACAUUAUCUAAUAUAAUGACCUAUGAAGUUGAUAAUAAUGAUGAACAACCAAAUUUACCACAAGAUAUAACUAUUCAAUUUACAGAAUUAUUUAUUAAGAAUAAAGAACAUGUUCAUGCAGCUCUCGAUCUUAUUGAAGAAACUGAUUUUAAUAUUCGUCGUACAUCUAUAAAAUUUCUUACUAUACUUCUUACUAAUUGUACUAAAACAUUACAAGAUAUUAUACUUGAAAGUGGACCUAUGGGUGUUUCAAAAUUAGUUGAUCUUUUACAAGAUGAACGUGAAGUUAUUCGAAAUGAUGCUCUUCUUCUACUUCAAAUAUUAACUCGUUCGAAUGCAAAUAUUCAAAAAAUAGUUGCAUUUGAAAAUGGUUUUGAACGUUUAUUUGAAAUUCUUAUAAGUGAAGGUGGUAGUGAUGGAGGUGUUAUUGUUGAAGAUUGUUUAUCUGUUUUAUUAAAUUUAUUAAAAAAUAAUCCAUCAAAUCAAAGUUAUUUUCGUGAAAGUUCUUUUAUUCGACGUUUAGUUGAUUGUUUUGCAUUAAAUUCAAUUGGUGAAAAACAUUGGUUAAAACAAAAAGAAACUAAUAUUAAUCUUUUUUUACAAGUAAUUCGAAUACUUGUCUCACCGACAAAUUCAAAUCAAAAUAUUGUUGCAUGUCAACGUUCAAUUAGUCAAUGUGGUAAAAAAAAAAUAGAAUCGUAA